AUGGCAACUGAAAAAUUGAUUGGUGUUUUAGAGAGAAAUCUUUAAUUAAAAGAAUUAGUAUUUUUCAACUCAAUUGCCAAUUAAUCUGAUCCAGAUUUGCUGAAAAGAAUGAAUGAAUUAAUAGAAGAAAAUAGCAGAUUAAGAGACUAAGCAACUAAUGAUGAGACAAUUAAUUCUAAAGAUUAAUAAAUCUCAGAAUAGCAAAGAUUAAUACAAGAUUUAAAUACAAGACUUGAUAGAAUGAGAGGCUAAAGAAUGAUAAAAUCUUUAGAAGAAUAUUAAGAUCAUUUAGUUGAGGAUGGUUUCUUUGCAAUUGAAGAGUAUAAAAAAGAAUGAGUAUUCUUUGAACAAUAUAUUAAAUUUACAAUAAAUAUAACAAUAAUCUUCAAAAA